UAGUGAGUGACUUUACAUGUUUAUUUUCCCCUUGACUUCUCAAAAGUACUACUUCAACUUCGGUGAGAAGCAGAAGUACUUUCCCACUUUGAGAUGGUUUCCUAAUCCAGCUAGGAAGCUUAAAUAACACAUAUAGAUGAGAGUUCUCCUCCUAAUUUUCCUCUGAACUUUCUCUGUUGGUGGUUGCGUUUAAGAGCUCUAUUGCAGAUUCUGACGUGAGUUUGAUUUUAGCCUUUUAGUUAAGACAAAAGAACUCAGGAGGAAGAAGUUCAAUAGCAACUUUUGUACUGCAUUGCGAAUACUGAAUUUUGCUGAAUUUCGUGAAGAUGAAAGAAGAAGAAGUUAGAAGGUGUCAAAUUCAAGAAUGGUACCCAAAAUUCAAAUCUGUUUCGAUCAAGACCCAAAUCCUUGAGCUUCCAGAAUCCUUUGUCGAAUACCUAUUAGAUGAUUCUGGACCUUUCCUACUUCCUGAGUCCGUAACUGGUGAAGAUGCAUUGCCUCGAAGAAUCCACAAUCCCGAAGAAGCAGACGACUUCCAAGUUCCAGAGAAUUCUGAUGACGAAUCUGAACAAUCUUCACCACCACCGUGUUUCCCAGAACUCGAACUGGCUGUUAAACAAUCAAUUGAGACUCUUAAUGGGACUGUUUUCCCUAAACUUAAUUGGAGUGCUCCCAAGGAUGCUGCUUGGAUAAGUACGACAGGGAACUUGAAGUGCACCUGCUUCAGUGAAAUUGCACUCUUGUUAAAAUCAUCCGAGUCUUUAACGCAUGAUCUCUGCCAUGCCUUUGGUUCUUGUGAUGAUACAACUUCUUCAAGGCCAUCGACGUUCUACUUAGCUCUUCGAAAAUGGUACCCAACGUUCCAUCCAGAGAUGGAAUUUCGUUGUUUCGUCAGCCGUGGCGUUCUUGUUGGUAUUUCUCAGCGAGAGGUCACAUCAUUCUAUCCUGUCCUUGUGGAGAAGAAAGAAGAUCUUAAGAACUCAAUCCAGGAAUUUUUCACGGAGAAUGUCCAACAGGUAUUUGAAUCAGAGAAUUACACAUUUGAUGUGUAUGUGACCAGCAAAGGGAAGAUUAAGAUCAUUGAUUUUAAUCCCUGGGCUCCCUUUACAUUGCCACUGUUAUUCGAUUGGGAAGAAUUGGAAAUGAGUUCUGUUGAAGAGGGCGAUUCUGUUCCGUUUCGAAUUGUUGAUACCUGAUGUGGUGUUCGGCCAGGUUUGAAGACUGCAGUUCCCUAUGAUUACUUGGAUACAAGCCCAGGUAGUGGCUGGGAUCAGGUCUUUAGGAAACCGGGGAUGCAGUCUGAAUCUCCGGAAGCUGGUGCUUAAGGUUUAUUAACAAGGUUUACAAUGAUCUAAUGUUUUUUUGUUUUUUUUGUGGUAGAAACUCAUAUGCUUCUUGUGAUCAAUUCAUUAACAUUAACGAUUACAGAUCUAUUCUUGCAUAAUAGAGGAAUUUUUGACUCG